AUGGCGCCGACUAAGUCACUUGCCGAGCUGUGCAUUGCUAUGUGCCAGAGACACAUCACAGAACUCAGCAGUGUGGGCAAUGGCGACGCCCUUCAAUACCAUCAUGUCCGCGACAUCCUCUUGAGGGUCAUCAACCCGGCUCAGCUCCGAGAGAUCGAGCUCAACUCCCCCUUCAUACAAGGCGAAACCUCCGAGCUCUGGCUGCGCCUUAUCAAGAAGGAAUUCCCAUCCGAAAGCCACGAAAAGAAUUACGCGCCUAAGAAUCCGUCGAAGUGGUACAAGAUAUACGAGCGAUAUGCGGAGGAACGCCGCGAGGCUCAGCAACAGGCUGAGGCUGAACUUCUCGCCAGAGUUCAGGGGCUUCGGCAGAAGAAGGACAAUAACGUCAGCAGGAUCGUAGACCCCAAGUUGGCCAGAUUCUUGCCCAAACCGCCUAAGACUGGUCGCACCUUUUCGACACAGCCUCGAGGGAAAAAAGAGCUCCCGAGUACCCUAAGCUGGGCCGCCGGAAGCAGAAUGAAGACGACGACUGGCGCUAGCGUCAUGAAGAAAGCCCGCAGAGAAGCCAAGGAGAUCAAGGGCAUAAGAAGCACCAUGGCUGUCCCAACUGGCAUGAUCAGGGCUCCUCGAUUGAAUCAAGCCCCGCCCUCGAUGGCUGCUGAGCACCGAAUCUCGAGCCAACCAAUCUUCCGGCCUACAUCUACUAGCAGCCGCCCACCCACACAUUCUACAUAUGCCACUCCGCAGUCCAAGGCUACGUAUGUAUCCGACUCAUCGGAUGGCGAGGAUGGUGAUUUGUUCAGCGAUGAGGGAACGCCCAAGAAGAACAAGGGCGCAGCAUCUUCGUCUCGCCACAGUCGGGAGACGACAGCUUCCUCUAGGCCUACGAACCCUUCCCAAUCCUCAUCAUUCAAGGAUCGCAACUCUUCCACGUCCGCCAGAUCUACCUCUGGCUUCAAACAAUCUCCUUCUUCUAGCUCACAAUCAUCGGGUUUGCGACGUGGUGGUGGUGGUAUUCUCGGAAAUGCCCCUCGGCCCAAGAGUAACAUCAGGGUUGAGCGCCCACCAUCCAGGCCCGAGCCACCCUCUGCGAGUACGGACCAGUCCCGUGCGCACAAAGUGCUCGCUCAGAAUAACGGCCCACAAUCUCCUCCUUUGCCAACAUCGUUGGACGAAGCGCAACAAGCUCGACCAAUUCUGGGCAAUCAGGAGCUGCCCAGAAAAAGAAAGGCUGUCGACAUUUUUAUGCCUAAGAAGAGGCCAACCAGGCGCUGA